CUCCCCUUCCCCCUCCACCCACAGGUGGAAGCAUCCACGGAAAAACAGGUGGUUCUGAAGAACCUCUCCCUCCGGUCGAGCGGACUCUACAUCUGCGAGGUCUCCGCCGAGGCCCCCACCUACAAGACCCAGCAGCAGUCAGCCUCCAUGGAGAUCUACGGGAUAUCAAAAGACCGGUGGGAAGAUCAUGAAUUGUUUGUCAUCCUUCGGGAAGACUUGCCAGACUCGGAGCCACUGCUGACUGGCACGGGCGUGGGCGGCCUCCGCCCUCGCAUCUCCAUAGGGGAUCGGGUCGUCUUCAAUUGCACCUCGUACUCCUCGUCCCCGCCUGCCCAGGUCGCCUGGUUCAUCAACGGCAAGAAGGUGGAUAAGGAGAGACUCGUGAAGUCGUACUCGACGGUCAAGGAAGGGGACGGGACCGAGACGGUGAUCUCGGGACUGGAAUUCAUCGUACGGCAGAAACACGUGGAAAGCGGGGCCGUCCGCGUCAAGUGCGUCGCCACCCUCCAUACCCUCCAGUCCAACACACUCUACGAGAGAAGCAGCGAGAAAAUCCUCCUGGCCCCGGACUACGACGUCGACCACCACUCCGGCCAUCGAGUCAUGGGUGAGCCUCUCUAA